AUGGCUGGGGUUCCUGGAGCUAACGACGUUAUUGGGUCUUCAAAGAAUGGAAUAUCUGAUCAUGAAAAUAGCGGCAGUGGUCAUAGCAAGGAUGUGAAUUCCAUUUCAUCAGUUUCAGAUACGGAGGGCACCGAGGAGGUACUUGAAGAUGAUCAGCAAAGUGAUUUAAGGACUCUUGCCGAGUUGAUUUGCUUUGAAGAAGUUCCACCUAAACGGUUUGAAAAUAUUGAUUAUGCACUCUUAGGUGAGUUCAGCCCCCUGUUUAAGCCUAGUUUCAAUGAGAUUGAAACUGAAUGCAUGGAAGUCUUUGAGAAAAAGAAAAUGGAAACCAAGAAAAUCUUAGGAAAUUUUGAUGGACAGAUUAGCCUCUCGGUUGAAAUUCUGAGGUGUGAAAGUUACUUUGAGCCUAGCUGCUGCGGUGAUUAUUUGUGCCUUUCCGCACAUUUUAUUGAUGAGAAUUGGGAACUGAAUGAUUGGGUACUUCACUUCUGUUCUAUUUCGGUUUCGGGUCCAUCGGAUGAUUCCCUUCACAAAUAUGAAGAUUGGGGCAUUUUAAGGUCGCUUAAAGAUUGGGGCAUUGAGAACAAGAUCUCCGCACUCACUGUGAAAAAUGAUAAUUGCAAUAAUGAAUUGGUUGAGUUUCUGAAAACGCACAUCCAAGGAAAGAUGGAACUCCAACUUAAUGGUAAGCUGUUUUGUGUGUAUUGUUGUGGGGAAAUGAUCAGCGUAAUGGUGCAGGAUGCAUUUGACAAGAUUGCAGAUAUUGUUCACAAGGUUCGUCAGGUGUAUACUUUUAAAACUGAUUACCCCAUGUGGUUUCUCAAAUUGUUAAACCUGCAAGAAGCUUUGAAGUUAUGGUCUCAGGGAAAUGUCUCUUACAGAGAUGUGACUCACUCUCAUAACGUGCCUUCCCCAGAGGAAUGGAAGAAAGUUGAAGGUGUUUGUAAAAUUGUAAACAGCAUAUAUGAAGUGACAAUAAGAGCAUUCUUCAACACAACACCUCUAACUCCCAAUGUUCAUCUUUGUCGCCUGCUUGAGCUUCGCAAAAUUCUGGCCAAAAUGUCAAUUGACUCAGAUAGUUUUAACAGAACAGUAGUUGAGGACAUGUUGAAAAAGUUUGAUAAGUAUUGGGAUGACAUGUUCUUGCUGUUGGCAAUAUCUACAGCACUGGAUCCUCGAUUGAAGUUGAGAUAUAUUGAAUUUGUUUGUUCAGAAGUUAAGGAUUGGAAUGGAAACUCACAAGUUGCAGUUGUUUUGGGGGCCAUUCACAAACUGUUUGAUGAAUAUGUGGUCCGUUUUCCGUUGCAAUACAACCAGCAGUUCAUCCAUUUGAAUGAUCACCCUAAAGAAAAAUCAGACUUGGAUUGCUAUUUGGAACAACCUGUCUUACCUCACAGUCAGGGUUUUAAUGCAUUGGCUUGGUGGAGAACAGCAAGCGCUAAGUACCCUACCCUUUCCCGGAUGGCACGUGAUUUUUUAGCCAUUCCAGUUUCUUUUGCGACUCUAAGUGAGGCAUACUAUACCGUACCAAAGCCAGCUGAUGAACAUAUAGUUUGCUUGAAGCCAGACUUGAUGAAUGCCUUGAUGUGUACUCGAAGCUGGGUAUAG